AUGAAGCGAGGUGCCAUCGACUCAUUCUUCAAGCGGCCUGAGCCCAAGAAGCCUAAAUAUGAAGUUAGUACGCAGAAGACAAGCCAUGCGUCUUAUCCUUUCGCCAUUCCACAUCUGCCCGCCUCAAUUACGGAGCAGUUGGGAUUCGCUCCUGCCGAAGAGGGUAAAAUCAUGAACGAUCAGUUGGACUUGGACCUCGUCUACUAUCAGCCCUAUGUACCUUCCAGUAUCGCGCCAGGGCUUUUCGAGUUUCUUCGACAGGAACUCCCGUUCUACCGCGUACAAUACAACAUCACCCGUGGGGGAGCGCAGACUCGGAUCAACACGCCACGGUUCACUACCGUCUUCGGUGUUGAUGAUACAUCCCGCUUCACUUCUAUUGGCAGUAUUGUGGACGCAAAGACUGGAAAGCCGGUUGAGAAGAGCCGAUAUAAGUGCGCGCCUCGUCCGAUUCCGCAGUGUCUGGAAGAAUUGAGGAAGGUGACGGAGGGUACGACUGGCGAGACUUUCAACUUUUGUCUAGUCAACUACUACGCCGAUGGGAGGGACAGUAUAUCAUACCACUCUGACGAUGAACGUUUCCUCGGUCCCAAUCCAGUAAUCGCAUCGUUCAGCCUUGGUGCGAAGCGUGACUUUCUGAUGAAGCACAAACCUAUACCUCCCAAAGAGGGCGUUGUGACAGAGGAGCCAAAGGGCAUCAAACUACCUUUGGGCUCAGGAGAUAUGGUCUUGAUGCGUGGCAAAACGCAAGCAAACUGGCUUCACAGUAUACCGAAGCGUGCGGGCCCUGAGGCGGGCAAGGGGAGGAUUAACAUUACCUUUAGGAAGGCCAUGAUAAAGGGUGGUACGGAGAACUACUAUCAGUAUAAUGUUGGCACUGGAGGUGUGCACCAGUGGGACGCGAAGACGGAAAAGAUGGUGCCUUGGACGGCGGCAGUAGAGACCAAAGCGACUGUGAAUGCCCCUAUCAAGGACACUGGAGUAAGCCACAGUAUCUAA